UGGAGGUGCGGGCAGGAGCGCGGGCGGGGAGCAAAGGUUGCAGUGUUCCAGUACCGACCUCAGCCGGAGGGCGGGCGGCAUCAUGACGGUGGGAGCCAGGCUCCGGACCCAGGCGGCAAGCAGCCUCCCGCGCCGCGGGCCCCUCUUCCGGGCGCGAGGGCGGACCGAGCGGGACGAGGAGGCGGCCGCUAUCCUGGAGCAUCUGGAGAGCGGGGCCGAGGAGGCGGAGAGCGCGGGGCGCGCGCGGCUCCCGGGGACCCGGGGCGCGCGGAGGGUGCACCUGGCCGUCCUCCCCGAGCGCUACGAGCCGCUGGAGGAGCCAGCGCCCGGCGACAAGCCCAAGAAGAAGUACCGGCAGAAGCUGAAGAAGUACGGCAAGAACGUCGGGAAGGUUCUCUCCAAAGGAUGUCGCUACGUUGUCGUGGGCCUGCAAGGAUUCGCUGCAGCCUACUCUGCUCCCUUUGGAGUCGCCACCAGCGUGGUGUCCUUUGUCCGCUAGCGGAGACGCCGUGUGAAUGAUCGGCAGCC